AUCGCCUCCCUCGCCGCCAAGGUGAAGCGUGUGUUCGCUGCGCAGCCUGGGCUUGUGCACGCGCCUGCGCCGUGCAAGGUGUUUGGGGACGUGCACGGGCAGCUUCGCGAUCUGAUGCUGCUCUUUGGCUGGUACGGCAUGCCGACGCACAAGGGCGGCGAUGUGCAGGCGAUCUCGUACGUGUUCAACGGCGACUGGGUCGACCGAGGGCCGCACCAGCUCGAGUGCGUCCUGCGGCCGGCUUCGAUGCUUCAGGCCAUGUACCCGUCGCGAAUCUUCCUCGUGCGCGGCAACCACGAGUUUCGUGACAUGAACGAGGCGAUGGGUCCAGACGGCUUCCUGCACCAUUGCAAGGAGCGGCUGCCCACCUGCUGGACUGCGGCCUACGAUGCCAUCCACGAGGCUUUCGAGUGGCUGCCGCUCGGUGCCGUUGUCGAGAGGCGCAUACUCGUCGUGCAUGGCGGCAUCGGUGACGGGUCUUGGGGCCUGCGCGAGCUGCGAUCGGUGCAGCGGCCGCUGAGCGAUGACCACUACGACGCGGUCACACUGCAGGCUCUGUGGAGCGACCCGAGCGACUCCGACUCGGUGAUGCGCAGUGGCGUGCACUCGUCUGAGCGUGGUGAGGAUAUUCCCGAGUUUGGCGCUGACGUGACCGAGGCCUUUUGCGAGGCGAACGAGCUCAGCGUGGUGGUGCGCUCACACCAGUUUGUGCGGCAGGGCUACAAGGUGAUGCACGGCGGCCGUCUUGUCACCCUCUUCUCCGCGCGCAAUUAC